AUGGACCGGAACGUGGUGAGGGGACCACUGUAUAAGCAGUUCGACUUGGAGCGAAAGAAUGCCAGGCAAGCCGAAGCUAGACUCAGCCUCAGACUGCAAAGGCUGGAGGUCAUCUGCCUCUAUCACGUGAAAUCGUUGGCCAGGGAGCAGAGACAGCUUCAGAAGGAACUGCAGCGGCUGCAGCAAGCAGAUAUCAUCAAGAAAAGAGUCUCCUCUUAUGUGGAGAAUGGAAUUCAGAAGAGACCAAGAGAUGUUGUCACAGCCUUACCACAAACAGGACGGAGGCACCUAGUCCUGGAGCCUAAGAUUAGGGUACUGUCAACCAAUAUGACCCAAGAAGUUAAAACUAAGAUUCAGGGGCCCUCUUUACAUGACCCUGACUUCAAAGACACCCUGAGAAGCCAAGAGCAGCUGCAAUCUCAAUGUGACAGAACCAGCUUCUGUGAGGAAGAGAAUUCACAAGCCCAGGAGGGAGCUUCUGCGAAUCCACUUAAGGGCACGGACCCCAAUAAGAAAGUCUCUGUCCCAUGUCAUGGCCAAGAGGUUUCCACCAAGACAGAAGACAGUCCUACGUCCAGGCCAGCUGGUGAGAAGGGGUCAGCAUCUGCAGAUGAGACCAGAUCAAAAAAUGCCGGUCUAAAGACACCUGGGGAUGCUGGGGACCAAAACCCCCCAAGCUCUGUGGAAUGUGCAGGAAGCUUCAAAGGCAAUUGCACAAAGCCAACUUUCCUAGAAUUGUUUGCAAAGGCCAAAAAUGCCCACUAUCUCCGGCACAGGGUGCCCCCUGAGUCUGAGAGGUUGCUUAGCAUCGGGGAGAUAUUUGGACAUGGAGACUCCUCACUACCCAGAGCAGGGAAAAGACUGUGA